ACGACUGCUGGGUUCAUGCUCGCGCACGGUCUGCGCUCUGAAGACAUGCAUAAUGGAGCUAACGUUUUGUCUGCUCGAGGACUUUGCCCGUGUAAUCUGACUGCUUUAGAUUGGUUAUUGUGAGGAGAGACUAUGUGUUCUUCGGGAUGGGUGCGAACAAUGGCAAACAGUGUGGAAGUGAAGGCAAGGGUAGCUCCAGUAUCUCCUCCGAUGUGAGCUCCAGCACUGAUCAUACGCCCACCAAAGCUCCCAAGAAUGUGGCUACCAGUGAAGAUUCGGACUUGAGCAUGAGGACGCUUAGCACUCCCAGUCCCGCCCUCAUUCUGAAGUCAAACCCUUCCUGUGUCUCCCCUCAAACAGUCCCAAACGGCCAUGAAACGUCUUCCACAUCUUUUAACAUCACUGGGGAAACAGUUGCCCUGGUUCACCCGCCUCCAGGCACUCGCUCACGGCCUUCCAAAGUUCCUCCCACCACCCUCAUUGAUAUCCUGCCCGAUCCUGUUUUACUACACGUCCUGUCUUACCUGUCCACCCCUCAGCUGUGCCGCUGCGCUCGAGUGUGUCACCGCUGGUAUAACCUGACCUGGGACCCGCGGCUCUGGAGUACCAUUCGUCUGACUGGAGAGCUGCUGAACGCUGACCGAGCCCUCAAAGUGCUCACCCAUCGGUUAUGUCAGGACACUCCCAAUGUCUGUCUGGCCCUGGAGACGGUUGUGGCCAGUGGCUGCCGCAGGCUGUCGGAUCGCGGGCUACGUGUGGUCGCUCAGUGCUGUCCAGAACUGCGGCGUUUGGAGGUUGCAGGCUGCUAUAAUGUGUCUAACGAAGCAGUGUUUGAUGUGGUAUCCCAGUGUCCCAAUCUGGAACAUCUAGACGUAUCAGGCUGCCUUAAAGUGACCUGUAUCAGCCUGACAGAGGAGGCGUCUCUACAGCUCACACCUCUACAUGGACAGCAGAUCGGCCUGCAGUACCUGGACAUGUUCAGAUGUGUUUAA